GUCAAUUUCUUUACUGAUUUAAUCAAUCUAUCCAAGAGUUCCACUUCCACAAAUCUGUUCACCUGUAACAUUAUAUGGAUUAUAUGAGUGUGCUUAUUCUCCAUUAAGAUAAACGUAAUAAUAUCCAGAAGUCCAAGGAUUCAAUCUAGGUAACGAUAUUUAAAAAAUACACACCUCCAGAAUUUGAAUUCAAACUAUAUCUUAUAAUGUGGAGGAAGUAUAAAGGUCUUUGUUAUGACUGUUUAUUAAGAAAAGAUCAAUCGUCCUCCAAAUAUUUAAGAGGUUACACAAUCCGUUAUAUGGUUUGAAUUUUCAGCUAAGUAUGCUUUCCAAUCUAUGUAAAUAAAGUAAGAAUUACUAUCAUCUGUACUAAAAGGGGUAAAAAAGGAUCGACUUAUUUCAGCUUGUGCAAGUACUUCUGAACAAAAUUAAUUAAGGAAAAUGAG